UUUGGAGCAUUACACAAUCUUAAGAAACCUUUGGGGUGAUUUUGAUAGACCAUCCAUAAAAAAGGAAGAAGAAGAUAUCUCAAGAGCUGGAGAUGCUGUGACAGGCUUCAAACACUCUCUGAGCUCCACCGAUUGACCAAAAUCACCUCUCCAAUGGCGCAAAACACCACCGGCCGCCUCAAAAUCGUAGCCGGAGCAGACUCCUUCGGCGGCUCCCUCAAAGAUUCCCUCGUAAACCACCUCCGCUCCCUCAACAUCGACGUCGAAGACCUCGGUACCUCCGACAAGUACUACUCCGUCGGCGAAGAAAUCGGCCGCCGUGUCUCCACCACCAACUCCUCCGACACCGAGACCGAGACCAGGGGCCUCGUCGCUUGCGGUACAGGCGUCGGCGUCUCCAUCUUCGCCAACAAGUUCCCCGGCGUCUACGCCGCCACCUGCCUCACCCCCGGCGACGCCCUGAACAGCCGAUCCAUCAACAACUCCAACGUCCUCGCCGUCUCCGGCAUGUCCACCUCACCUGAGUCCGCCGUCGAAAUCCUCGACACUUGGCUCAACACCCCCUUUAAAUCCCCUUGCCCCGCCUCCGAUUCCAAGCCCUGGCCCACCGAAAUCGACUCCUUCCUCGAAAAUUCGGUCUCCGAAAUGUUGAAAAUAGGAGAAGGUGGACCGGAGCCGAACAACAAAGACACCUCCUCCUCCUGCGCCAUUUGUUGGCUGAACAGCCGUAACAAGGAUAAACCCGAGGGGGAUUUCACUCCGAUUGAGAUGAUGCGAGGCGGGUCGAUGAAGAUAUUGAGGGAGACGCCGACGUCGGCCGUGGUGAGGUUCGAGAGCGGGAGCGUGGAGCCGGCGCACCACCACACGUUCGGGCACGAUCUGGUGGUGAUGAAGGGGAAGAAGAAGGUGUGGAACUUGAGUAAGAUGGAGGAGUACGAUUUGGGCGUGGGGGAUUACUUGUUUACGCCGGCGGGAGAUGUGCACAGAGUGAAGUACUGGGAGGACACUGAGUUUUUCAUCAAGUGGGAUGGGCAUUGGGAUGUUUUCAUGGAUGAGGACCUUGAUGCUGCCAAUGCUGCCAUUGGUAAGGAAAUUUAGUCGGUUUGCGGGCGUUUAUCCGAAUAUGUGUUUGGAACCAUUUGAUGCACGUAGAUUUACGCGCGAUAUCCCCCUGUAUCGGACAGUUUGCGGGGGUUGAUGUGAAUUAUGAAUAUGAGUUUGGAACCAUUUGAUGCACGUAGAUUUACGCAUGAUAUCCGCGUGUAUCAGACAGUUACUAACGCAAUAUGUGCUCUAUCGUUAUGUAGCAUUGCCGGUGUCUGCUUGGGUGAAAAACCAAGGGGUAUGUAUGGUUGUUUUUGGUUUUGAUUGUUGCGUCGUUAACCCUGUCAUUGGGUUAAAGUUCAACUAGGUGAGGGUACGUUGUGCUAUCUUAUCUCCAUCAUGUUAUGCUGUAAUAAAAGUGCUUGUGUUUACUUCUUGCAAGUACUAGUUAGUGAACUAGUAAUAACUCUUGAAAUUUGUUAAGCUGUAGAGAGAGGAGUAAAAUGGUUGCUUAUCUUUUCCUGAUCA